GUAUAUACACGAUCUUCAUGAAGGUAAAACAGUAAACACAAAAAUAGAACAAAUUCACCCCUAUUUCUCUCUCAGUUCACAAGUGCAGAGAGAAUGCUAUAAAACAAACCCUAGUUUUCAAUUCUACCAUCUUUCACAAGGGUGUAUUGGGUAUUUGAUUCUUGGAGAUGAUCACUGCAGGCCCACCUGAGCCGUUGGAUUUUUUCAUCUGGACCGUUGAGGAUGUAGGCUUGUGGUUGGAAGAGAUAAAUCUUGGUAGCUAUCGUGAAAUCUUCAAGGAAAAUGGUGUCAAUGGAGAAUAUCUAGAAAGCAUGUCCAUGUUUACGACUGAGCAAAUACUUCGGUUUAUCAGGCGGUGCCACAUGAAAUGGGGCGACUUUAUAACACUUUGCAAGGAACUCAGGCAAAUUAAAGUGGCUUGUUUGAAGGGAGAACAAAAAGUUCGUCGCCCUUGGUGGGCUCCAUGUUGCCUCUCAGUAGUCUUCGUCAGAGCAGCAAAGCGCAAUAGGCAAUCAAGAGUAGUUUCCUUGAAGCUAGAACAAUGAUACGAGAGAGGGAUCUGCCAGUAUAUGUGUAUUACCCUACUAGUUUUUUCUUUGGAAAUUGAUAAAAUAAGCUCCAUCUUUUACGGAUUAAGUUUGAAUGUGCAACAUUGUACGCAUAUAAUGUAGUACACCUACAAUGCAUAGGUAGAGGUUAAUCGGUAAAGUUUGGAGCUAAUCUAUCAUUUUUUUGGCUAAAACACAAUAAACAUGAAACAACCCCUUUUUUACAUUUUCUGUC